CUUUCUUUUUUCAGCCUCUUUCCGGUCGGUCUGCAGUGUUGUCGUCAAAAUGCGAACGAUCAACUCGAAUCAGUGUGUCAAGAUCCCCAAGGAUAUCAAGGCGUCGGUGAAGGCGCGCGUGGUCACGAUCACCGGCACCCGAGGCGUCCUCAAGCGCAGCUUCAAGCAUCUCGCCCUGGACAUGUACAUGUCCGACAAGCGCACCCUCAAAGUCGAGAAAUGGUUCGGCACCAAGAAGGAGCUCGCCGCCGUGCGCACCGUUUGCAGUCACAUUGAGAACAUGAUCAAGGGUGUCACAUUCGGUUUCCAGUACAAAAUGCGUGCUGUGUACGCUCAUUUCCCCAUCAAUUGCGUUACGUCCGAGAAGAAUAGCGUGAUUGAGAUCCGCAACUUUUUGGGCGAGAAGUAUAUUCGUCGCGUGGAGAUGGCACCCGGCGUGACCGUGGUCAACUCCACCGCCCAGAAGGACGAGCUCAUCGUUGAGGGCAAUGAUAUCGAGGCUGUUUCCGGAUCAGCGGCGCUCAUCCAACAGUCAACCACCGUCAAGAACAAGGAUAUCCGUAAAUUCUUGGACGGUCUGUACGUGUCCGAAAAGACGACAGUUGUGAAGGUCGAAACCUAAUGCGCUUCACUUAAAAGUUUUUAAUAAUAAAGGAAAACGCUGAUGAAAACUUUA